AUGUCUACUACCAUCUUCAUCACCGGAGCAACUGGCUACAUCGGCGGAUCAGUCCUUGCCGCCCUCCUGGAGAACAAAUCCUACAAGAUCUCCGCUCUCGUCCGCUCCGAAGACAAAGCCAAGAAGCUCAAGGACCUCGGCGUCGAGCCCCUCAUUGGCACCCUUGACUCCGCCGACCUCAUUACCACGGCCGCCAAAGAGCACGACGUCACAAUCGAAGUUGCCGAUUGCGACCACCUCGGCGAAGCCCAAGCAAUCAUUGCCGGAUUGAAACAGAAACUCCAAGAGACCGGCAAGAAAGGAAUCUACAUCCAAACCUCCGGAACCGGAAUCCUCUCCGACACCGCAAACGGCCAAUUCGUCUCCGACAAGAUCUACAGCGAUGCCGAUACCGCUUCUCUCACCGCUCUUCCCGAAUCCCAACCUCACCGUCACGUCGACACUGUCCUUGUCCGCGAGGCAUUCUCCUACACAUUGGCCAUGAUUACUCCUCCCUGUAUAUACGGCGAGGGUACUGGCGCCUUCAACCGCCGUUCCAUCCAGAUUCCGCUCGUGAUCCGCUCCGCCAUCGAGCGCCGGAAGACUCCUCAAGUCGGCGACGGCAAGAAUGUCUGGUCAAACGUCCACAUCAAGGACCUCGUCCCCGUCUACACCAUUCUCCUCUCCAAGCUCCUCUCCGACAAUCCCGAAGUCAUGAAGAACACUGGUGAGGCAGGCUAUUGGUUUGCCGAGACUGGUCAACACAACUGGGGCGAGGUCUCCCAGUUCGUCGCUAAGAAACUCCAUGCCCUCGGUGCCGUCGACGACGAGAAGGUUUACCCCAAGCACACCGAGCAAGAAGUCAUCGAUGGAUUUGGGUUCAAGGAGGCAAUGUACUUUACCGGCGGUAACUCCCGUUGUGUCGCGGAGAAGACGAGAAAGGUCUUGGGAUGGAAACCAGAGUUGGACAGUGAGGAGGAGGUGUGGAAGUACGUGGAGUGGGAGUGUGAGAAGAUGUUCAAGGAGCACCAGGAAAAGAAGCAGUGA